AAAAAAAAAAAAAAAGUCUUAAAGUGUCAAGAUGGUGAAGAUGGGGUGAGAGGAGCCACAAGAGGAAGCAGAGAUGGCAGCAGCAAGACGUGUGUUCCACCUUCAGCCAUGUGAGAGUCCCCCCCCGGCAGCGAUGUCCAGAAAUGGAUACUUUUUUGAAGAGACUGGUUACCAUAAGUGUGACACAGAUGACGGCUGUGACCCCAAAGAGGAAGAAGGAGUUGGAGGAGAGGAGCUUUUUGACACUGUACACUCAUCCAUCGUCUCUGGAGAGAGCAUCAGGUUUUUUGUAAAUGUCAACUUGGAAGGCCCACAAAGUGCUGCAGCGGAAAACGAGAGUUCGGGCUGCGUAUUACUACAUACAUCAAGGAAAUACCUGAAGUUAAAGAAUUUUGAGGAAGAGGUCCGGGCACAUCGGGACUUGGAUGGCUUCCUUGCCAAAGCUAGCAUCAUUCUGGAUGAGACAGCAACCUCUUUGGAUGACGUCCUUCGGGAGAUGCUUAAGCACUUUGUGGAAGACCCAGAGAAUGCAGAGCCCACCUGUAACUUUGAUAAAAUCAUGAGCACUUUAUUUACUGAUUCUGGGGCUCCCAGGGAAGGAAAUGUUCACCUUCUCUCUGACACGAUUCAAGGAGUUACAGCAACCGCCACUGGGGUUCAAUACCAGCAAUCUUGGCUUUGUAUAAUUUGCACUAUAAAGUCCCUUCAGAGACGUCAUGUUUGUAUUAGCCGACUUGAGAGGCCGCAGAAUUGGGGUGAAAAUUCAUGUGAAGUGCGAUUUGUAAUUUUGGUCCUGGCGCCUCCCAAAAUGAAAAGUACCAAGACUGCAUCUGAAGUUGGAAGAACCUUUGCCACCAUGUUUUCAGACAUCGCUUUUCGGCAGAAACUUUUAGAAACUAAAACGGAAGAGGAGUUUAAGGAAGCUUUAGUGCACCAGCGACAUCUCUUAACAGUAGUAAACAGGCAUUCGUCAGUGAAUGAUAGCCACAAGGUCAACAGCCACAAACCUCUGAAGCUGCAAGAAUUUUUCAAUGUGGGGAAGGGAAUAUUCGAUGACAUAGCACGCAGAUUACCAGUAUACCCUUUGGAUUUUACAGACGGUAUAAUUGGAAAUAACAAAGCCAUAGGAAAGUACAUUACAACUAUGAUUUUCUUGUACUUUGCCUGCCUCCUGCCCUCAAUAGCAUUUGGCUCUUUGAACGAUGAAAGCACUGCAGGGGUGAUUGAUGUCCAAAAAACCAUUGUUGGACAAUGCAUUGGCGGUGUUAUUUAUGCGCUAUUUGCUGGACAGCCUUUGGUUGUUCUUUUAACGACGGCGCCUCUGGCAUUAUAUAUUAAUGUUAUCAGAGGAAUCUGCGAUGACUACAAAUUGGAUUUUAAAGCGUUUUAUGCAUGGACUGGACUGUGGAAUAGCUGUUUUUUAAUUCUGUAUUCUCUGUUCAAUUGUAGUCUCUUGAUGAAGCUCUUAAAAAGGUCAACAGAAGAAAUCAUAGCACUUUUCAUUUCUAUAACAUUUGUGCUGGACGCACUUAAAGGGAUUAUCAAAAUUUUCAAAAAGUAUUAUGUUGACGACACUCCAGGCUCACUCAUAUACUAUGAAAAGGGAUCUGUGGAACCAUUUCCCAGUCUAAACAUCACCCCUGACAGUAUACUAAACUCAACCUUCAACAGCUCCCUAAUGCUGCAGAAUCAUAGCAUGGAUCAUGAUGACCAUCCGCACGGGAGAGAGUCUGCUGUCCUCAGCCUUAUGCUGAUGUUUGGGACACUCUGGUUGGGUCACACGCUUUACCAGUUCAAGAAAAGCCCUUAUCUGCACUCAAGAGUGCGUGAAAUGCUGUCAGAUUGCGCUCUUCCCAUAUCCGUGCUCACCUUCUCUGUGAUUGGUUCUUAUUUCUUCAAGGAAAUACACAUUGCUAAAUUUAAUUACAAGACUGAGAGUUUGUUUGUGGUGUCUCAUAUCGGAUCGUUAUCAACGGGCUCCAUAACCAGUGCGAUGGGACUGGGAUUCUUGCUGUCUAUGCUUUUCUUCAUAGAGCAGAACAUUGUAGCAUCUCUCACAAAUGCGCCAGAAAACAGAUUAGUUAAAGGCACUGCUUAUCACUGGGAUCUCCUGCUUGUGGCCCUUAUUAACACAGGACUGUCUGUUCUUGGGAUGCCCUGGAUACAUGCCGCCUUCCCACACUCACCCAUGCACGUCCGAGCACUGGCCAAUGUGGAGGAGAGAGUGGAGCACGGACAUAUUUAUGAGACGAUUGUGAGCGUGAGGGAGACUCGUCUGACAUCGCUGGUAGCAAACAUCCUGGUGGGCCUUUCCCUCUUCCUCCUGCCGUACCCUCUUCAGUGGAUCCCCAAGCCUGUGCUGUACGGCCUCUUCCUGUAUAUUGCCCUGACCUCGAUUGAUGGGAGCCAGCUCUUUGAGAGGGUGGUCUUACUGUUGAAAGAGCAGACGGCGUACCCACCAACUCAUUACAUCAGGAGAGUGCCACAAAGAAAAAUCCACUAUUUCACAGGCCUGCAAGUUGUUCAGCUCAUUAUCCUGUGUGGCUUUGGGAUGUCUCCGCUUCCCUACAUGAAGAUGAUCUUUCCUCUAAUUAUGAUAGGGAUGAUACCCAUCAGAUACAACCUACUGCCCAAAAUUAUUGAAUCAAAGUAUCUGGAUGCUAUGGAUGCUGAGCACUAAUGUGGAUUUCUUUUUCUGGGGAUUUCUGGAUCUUUUAACUUGGCCGGGAUGGAUUACAGUUAUUGGAGAUCUAUUUUUACAUGUGACUCUGGAUUUGUAUGGUUACAGCUUUACAGGGGAGAACUAACCAAAGCCGAGGCCAAGACUGGAACUCUUUCAAAGACAGAAGUAAACCAACAUUAUUACAGUAAUAACUGGAAAAGCCCAAAGAUGAUAAUUUUGUUUUAUUGCAUUUUGAAUUGUAAGUGUAUUGUUUUAUUUUUAAAAGUACUUUAUAUCUCGAAAGAACCAAAUGUUUAUUUACCCUGGACUACAACCAUCCUCUUU